CGCGGAGCCCCAAGCACUCCGAGCGGGAAUCCGCGGAUGGCGUCCUAACGUCCAUGGGCUCUGGGUCUCCGGCGACGCGGGCGGAGCCUCCUGGAAGAAAGAAGGAGGCCGAGGGACGGCUCUCUGCGAAGGGGACCUCGUCCGGAGCGGAGGGCGGAAGGGCACGGAGCCUCGGCGGGCCCUCCUCGUGGCCUGCGGGGCUGCUCUGCUGCGCUGAGCCCGGACGUGGGCGUGCAGCCCCAGGAGCCCCGAACACAGGGGGUCGCCCUGGCAGGAGUCUGCACCCACAGCAAGAAUGGCAUCCGUGGACUUCAAGACAUAUGUGGACCAGGCGUGCAGGGCCGCCGAGGAGUUCGUCAACGUCUACUAUAGCACCAUGGACAAGCGGCGGCGCCUACUGUCCCGCCUAUACAUGGGCACUGCCACCAUGGUGUGGAACGGCAAUGCCGUCUCAGGACACGAGUCCCUGAGCGAGUUCUUUGAGAUGCUACCUUCCAGCGAGUUCCAGAUCAGCGUGGUGGACUGCCAGCCUGUGCAUGAUGAAGCCACGCCGAGCCAGACCACGGUGCUUGUGGUAAUCUGCGGCACGGUCAAGUUCGAAGGCAAUAAACAGAGGGACUUCAACCAGAACUUCAUCCUCACUGCACAGGCUUCGCCCAGCAACACCGUGUGGAAGAUAGCCAGUGACUGCUUCCGCUUCCAGGACUGGGCCAACUAGCUGGUGGAGGGCAGCAGGCCCUCGGCUUUGGCCCCAGAUCUCAGGAAGUGGGGGACCCCGGUUCCCAGCUGUGCCGAGGCCCAGGUUGGCCUCUCUCGAUGCCAGGAGCCUCUCCAGAGCGUGUUUUGACGGGUCCCUGUUGCCUUUUAAGCAAACUUUUCUAUUUUUCUACUUGCUCAGUAGAGUUCCCAGUUCUGGAAGCGCUGACAACAUAAUAUACAUGUCACUAUUGUUCCUUUUACCUGAUGUGUUGGCCUGAGUUUCGGGGUAAGGUGGGUGGAGUAGAAGAUGGCACUGCAUAUGGGCAGAGGCCUAAGCUGCUGGCCUCCCGCACCCCUCCUGGCACACAGUGGCCCUGUACUAUGGCAUUUGGACCCCCUGCACUAUGGAGGUGUCCUCUCAAGGACAGAGCCCAGCCGCAGUGUUUCCAGAGGCCCUUGGGGUCAUGCACUUGGCAGGGCAUAGAGAGCCCCAGGCAAGGGACCAGGCCCUACCUGAGCCCCUGCUGAGAACAGAUGACGCAGCAAAAGGUCGGCCAAGAACAAGCUCACGAAGGAGGUGGCUGAACACACUGCUGAGGGGAGGACCCGCCAAGGAUGGGGGACUCGGGAUUGGGUGCUGCUGUUGCUGGUCCUGCAGACCAGCCCUCAUAGCAUCCACACGCAAAGGCAGAAAUCAGAUCUCUGUCCAAGGAUGCUUGAGAGAGUCUGUGAACCAUGGGUGUGGCAGGAGGCCACCCUGUGAUGAGCCUGAAUUGCUAGCUGUUUUCCCACCAAGAAAAGCUCAUCUUGGAAUCCCAUCUUUCUGUAACAUUCUCAAGUGCCCUUCUA